CCGAACAUACUAUCAGCUGUUGACCUGGGUUGUGUUUGCUGAGGUGUUCCUGUGAAAGUUCCCCAAAUUUAACUCCCACCAGGCCGAGAGGAAUCUCGGUUUUGUGGUCGAUCUACGAAAUUGCAGUGUGUAGUCUUGCGAUUUUCUCAAAUUUUAAGACUCUAUUUAAAUAGUCCGCGUUUCUCUCGCCCCCCAGUGUUCUGGGUACGUGGGGUAGGUAAACGGAGUGAGCGGACCAAGUUUUCAAUCUCCUGAAUCCAAGAGGAAUGAGUAUACGGUUUAUUGGGAGAACACGACUAUCCGCCUAAUUGAACAUAACAAAAUGGAAUGCAAAGAUCUUGACACUGACCUGAGUAGGAAUGGAUUACUCCCAACAGAAACGCAUGUCACUUCUCCAGAGGUAAACCCCACUAUAGCCAAUAGGGAGGAGGUAAAGACCCUGUCCAAAACAGACUCAUGCACACCCAUUAAGAAGGAAUCUAGAGACCUCACUUCAAAGCCACCUGUGACACCCAGCCCAGAGUCAAAUACCAGUACCCAACCUAAAAAAGAGGCGGUGAAAUCAGAGGACAGGCAAAAGCUGGCAAAGGAGAGGAGAGAGCAGAGAGCCAAAUAUUUUGCUGCUAAGAAGUCCGAGUGGCUAGAAAAGGAGGAGCGGGCAAGGCAGCUGCGGGAGCAACAGCUACAGGAGCGUAGGAGGAGGCUGGAGGAGCAGAGGUUGAAGGCUGAGAGGCGGCGGGCCGCACUGGAGGAGAGACAGAGACAGAAGCUGGAAAAGAACAAGGAACGAUAUGAGGCGGCCAUCCAAAGGUCUGCGAAGAAGACGUGGGUUGAGAUUCGCCAGCAGAGAUGGUCCUGGGCUGGCAGGCUGAGUGCCAACUCCAGUCAAAGCCAAAGCCGAUGCUCAGUAUCUGCGGUCAACCUGCCCAAACACGUGGACUCUGUUCUAAACAAGCGCCUCUCCAAAUCCUCUGCCACCCUCUGGAACUCCCCCAGCAGAACACGCAGGUUAGAGUUGAGUCCGUGGGAGAGCAGCAUUGUGGACCGCCUGAUGACACCUACUCUGUCCUUCCUGGCACGCAGUCGCAGUGCAGCCAGCGUGCUGAGUAGCGGCAAGGACUCCCAGUCUCCAGUGUGCCCUCGUUCUGCUUCAGCAAGUCCGCUCACAGCAUGUUCCCAACGUUCACACCGGUGCUCUGAACGCUGGAGAGUCACGAUCAGCACGCCAGACAUCACCCAGCGCCAACGCCGUGGAGAUUCCACGCCUAUGGAUAAAAAGAAGAAGGAACGAGAAAAUGAAAAGGAGAAGAAUGCCAUCACCAAAGAGAAGGUGCUGAAGAAGAGACAGUCCAUACCGCCUAUAAGAAGCAAAGCUGAGCCCAGCCCUAGCCCCUUAUCGAAGCAACAGGCAUCUUCUCCCAUCACGCCCAAAGGCAGGGCGGCCUCUCCCGUCACGCCCAAAGGCAGGGCGGCCUCUCCCGUCACGCCCAAAGGCAGGGCGGCCUCUCCCGUCACGCCCAAAGGCAGGGCGGCCUCUCCCGUCACGCCCAAAGGCAGGGCGGCCUCUCCCGUCACGCCCAAAGGCAGGGCGGCCUCUCCCAUCACGCCCAAAGGCAGGGCGGCCUCUCCCGUCACGCCCAAAGGCAGGGCGGCCUCUCCCGUCACGCCCAAAGGCAGGGCGGCCUCUCCCGUCACGCCCAAAGGCAGGGCCGCCUCUCCCGUCACGCCCAAAGGCAGGGCCGCCUCUCCCGUCACGCCCAAAGGCAGGGCCGCCUCUCCCGUCACGCCCAAAGGCAGGGCCGCCUCUCCCGUCACGCCCAAAGGCAGGGCCGCCUCUCCCGUCACGUCCAGAGGUAGGCCUGCCUCAUCCAACCCUGCAGAUUCCCUCAGACCCUCAUCAGCCAAGGCCAGCCCCAGCACCCUGAAGGCACAGAUUAAGAGGGCCAAGACACCUGUCUGGGUGGAGGGGGACACCAAUGCACCCACCUCUGCUGAGCAAGCCCAAGACAACAACGACCCAGCCAUUCCAAAUGAUGCGUGCACCUCCUCUCCUGUACCUGCAGAUGUUUUGUCUGCUGCCCCUGACACCCCUCCCUGCCCCAGUGCUCCAGUCAAGGAGGAGAUGUCCUUUGUUUCUGAGCACUCCCGUACCAAUUCCAGCAUUCCUGUAACCUCUUCAUCCCAUUCUCCUGCCAAGCCCAUGGCUGGAACCAACGAUCCAGAGGAGGCUGCCCGCAUCCUGGCUGAGAAGAGACGGCAGGCACGUGAGCAGAGGGAGCGGGAGGAACAGGAGCGUCGGUAUCAGGAGGAAAGGGAGAGGUUGGAGCAGGAGCAGCGGGUAGCACAAGAGGCAAAGGAGAGGGAGCGGAGGGAGGAGGAAGAGCAGCUCUUGGCGGAGCAGCAGAGGCUGAGGGAUGAAGUUCAGCGUCUGCAGCAGGAGAAGGAGGCUCAGGAGAGAGUGAGGGCCCAACAGGAGGAGAACCAGCGGCUCCACAGACAGAGAGAGGAGGCUGAGCUGAGGGCACUGGAGCAGGCAGAGAAGCAGCGUCUGGAGCGGGAGAAGCACUUCCAGAAGGAGGAGCAGGAGAGGCUGGCCAGGAAGAAGCGCCUGGAGGAGAUAUGAAAAAGAACACGCAGAACAGACGCAGGAGAGAAGAAGGACACACAAUCUUCCCCUUCUUCGCAAGUCAGUGGUGGAAGUGCCAAACCUGAACUGGAGAGCAGUAAAGCAUCAGGUGACUCCCAUCCAAAUACAGAGCUGAAAAAGGAGAGCCAUUCACAAACUGGCAUGAAAGAGGGUUCUUCAGUCUUUGUGAUGAAUGGCAUUCAGCCAUCCCAACAUGAGAAUGGCUUGUCUUCAAUUGGCGAGGCAUCCCCCUAUAAAGAGAUUUUCCAGUUGUCCAAUCAGAACAACACCAACAGCAGUGGGCAGGAGAAGUCAGACACUAACAUACCUGAUGAGCCAAUUGUAGCUUUUGAUGGUGGGAGUUCCUUUCUGAAGAAAGCAGGCCCAAAUAAAGCCUCAGCAUGCUGCAGAGGUGCUCUGAGCCUCAGCUGGAUGGAGGCGCAUCUUCCAUCUGCACAACUCCCGAACCUCGUGUCUGUGAUGAAGCACAGGCUGACCAGACCUGUGCCAAACCAAUCACUAACUGCUGUUUAGAUUGUACUAGGCAUUGCUAUGAUCUGAAGCUCCCAUCGACAAAAGGGUGCAACUGUGAGAAGCCAUGCUCAAGUCAAGCUUAAGUAAACCAAGUGUUACCACCCACCGAGGAGUCAUCUGUGUCACUAGCACAGCCCACUCAGUGGUCUGAGCAUGCACCUUAAGGCAGACCACUUCAUGCGGCUUCGUGAUCAGAGCAAAAGAUAUAAACACAUGACGACUAAAUGAUUUAUGGCUGUUUUUCUUCUUAUCCUUAUGAGUUUAAAUGAGAAGUGCUUUGGCUAUUUUGUUUUUAAUGUUUAGUUAUUUAAUGUGAGGACAAUUGUAACUACUGGGUACAACUGUAUGUGAAUAAUGUAAAUUGAAGUACAGGAGCUAGUGGUUUGUGGAAUAAAACUAUCAAAGCGAC